UUUUCCUAUGUUAUAUCUCUCAUAGUCAUUCAUUCUUUUCCCAUUUCACUGCUGUCCCCCUAGUCCAGGCCUUCUGAUCUCUUACCUGGAUAUAUCAGUUAGCUUCUGCUAUUUGUAGAUUAACUCUCAGUGUCCAUCCCAAGUCUUAGAAUAUAGGAACUGGCUGAAAUUUUUUAAGAAAAGCAGGAAGAUAAGAAUGGUUGGGCAGAGAUGCUGAUGAUGGUAGUGGUGGUGGUUGGAGAGAUGGAUUUUUUUUGUUAAAUGUACCCGAGGUAGUAUACACUUAGCAGGGCUGGUGGCCUUUAGAAUGUAUCUACAAAAUUGCUUUUAGUCCUUUCCUCCAGCCAUCCUGUGACACUGGUUCUCCUCUGCUUGUUUUUUGCAGUUUUCAUCCUUUUCUUCCGUAAGCUGUCACCAUGACCCUGACAAAAGGUUCCUUCACCUACUCCAGUGGGGAGGAAUAUCGUGGCGAAUGGAAGGAGGGCCGUAGACAUGGUUUUGGUCAACUGAUAUUUGCAGAUGGUGGCACCUACCUGGGUCAUUUUGAGAACGGGUUGUUUAAUGGCUUCGGGGUACUGACCUUCUCAGAUGGCUCAAGGUAUGAGGGGGAGUUUGCCCAGGGCAAGUUUAAUGGCGUUGGAGUCUUCAUUCGGCAGGACAACAUGACCUUUGAGGGGGAGUUUAAAAAUGGCAGAGUAGAUGGUUUUGGCCUGCUGACUUUCCCUGAUGGUUCUCAUGGAAUACCCCGCAACGAAGGUCUAUUUGAGAACAACAAGCUGCUGCGGCGCGAGAAGUGUUCAGCAGUAGUUCAGCGGGCCCAGAGCGCCUCCAAGUCAGCCAGGAACCUCACAGCCUGAUGGGGCGUGUACACCAGCUGACAAGUAUUGGAUAAAGCAGACACCGCAGUUAUUCACUUGAGGCGGACAAAUGAACCAGGCCUGAGAUGAGAAUGACUGUCGAGCAGAAUCCUUGUGAUGUGCCCCAUCACCUGUCCAUCAGGAGUUAGCUCUCAGAAAAGUUCUGAGGAUUCUGGCACAUAGACCCUGCAGCAGUUUUUAACAGUUCUGUCUUUCCCUUUUUAAGCAGAUCUAAUGUGCUUAUGGAAACCCUGGUGGCAUAGUGGUUAAGUGCUAUGGCUGCUAACCAAAAGGUCAGCAGUUCAAAUCCACCAGGUACUCCUUGGAAACUAUAGACCAGUUCUACUCUGUCCUAUAGGGUCGCUAUGAGUCAGAAUCGACUCGACGGCAACGGGUUUUUUUUUUUUGUUUAACGUGCCUAUGUGCUAGAGGACAGAUGAGCCUCCUUUUCUGACUUGUUGGUACUCUGUUCCUAAAAUCUUGGGUCACCCAGUGCAGGCCUGCUGCUUCCCUCUCCUUCAUUUUCUGCCAAGUUACGCAGAAUGUCUUCAUCCUGCCUACGUUUGGGGCAGAUGACCCUAGUCCCAACUUAGGACCAGUGCUUUGUGCUGCCCUGGAGAAAUAAGGAAAAAGAUAGGGGUGACUUAGUACAGUAGUCCUGUGAAAGUCAAGAUCAGAGGUUUUCUGUAUGUUACCCCCUCAUUUACUGCUGGUUGGAAUCAUGGCUCCAGGCCUUCUACUUUGUCUGGACAGACUAGUGUUCGUCUCUGUUUCUUCCUCCUGUGAAGGAUUCUGUAGAGUGCUAUUUCCCUUUCCUUCAACUUUACAAGUUAUCUUCCUUAACUGAGUUCCAACAGAGAAUCCCCAUCUGUGCCUCGCUCUUUCCUUAGAUGUGAGGCAGGAUCUCUUUUUGGGAUAGUCAAGAAAGAAACUGAUGUAAACAGUAAUCUUAUAAUUUGCAUUUAUUACUUACACCAGGGAAAAAGGCAGACAUAUCUGGGCCCCUUCAGGCCCUGCUAUGGAGUGAACCGGAUCCUUUGGGAUGGCUUGGGCUGAUACAGUUCCUUCCCAGUGGACCAGUAGGUCAGACCAACCUCAGUCCCUUGGGGUUUAGGUAGAAUUGGACCCAUCCUAGGACUGCGAUGAACCAGAAGACCGCUUGACUCCUUUAGUUUAGUUAUCUUUUCCACCCUGAGCCUUGGCCAUCAGGCCUGGGGAUCAGAUCUCGACUGAUAGGAUCCCAACAUGGUGCAUCACGGAGGCCUACAGUUACCCUGUGACCCACACAAACCCCCUCAGCCCCUAUCCUCACACUGAAUGUCUCCUCAGCAGCAGAUUGUGGUGGAAAUUAUAGCCGUGUGCCUCUAUUUAAUCUCUGAACUGUACUGUAGAAACAAGUGUUUACGAGGAAUAAACAGAUCACCAGACUGCCUAUACUUAGUUUUCUUUAUUUUCUUGCACUGCAUCUUCAUGAAUAUAAACCCACUGGUGUUUCUAAAAGUUAGAGCUUGGAACUGACACUGCCCACCUUACUACUUAAUAUCUAAUUCUCACAAAAACUCUGCCCAGUAGAAGGUAUGAAUGUUAAAAAAAAACCAGACAGGCUUAGGUUGCCCAAACUAGUAAGUGGCAGAGCUGGGUGGGGUUUGUGUCUUGGUCUUUCUGAUUCCAGAGCACUUCCUACUGUACUCCUCACCCUGAACAUUACACUGCCCACGUUCUAAGGCCAGUUAUUGUUAGAUCUGCUGGGUUACCUUAGGCAAGUCAACUCCUAGGAUUUUCUUUUCUCUGCAACAAGUAGAGUAAGACUUCCUCAAAUCAGCUAAUGAGGAACACUUACCUACCAUGCUCACUCUUUAAUGUGCAUGAUCCUAUUCAAUCCUCACCGCAGCCCUGUGAGGAAAGUACAAUUAUUUCCCCACUAUAGAUGAGGCUUGGGGAAGUUAAGUGUCCCCAAGGUCCUGUAGACAACACAGAAUCUCUGGACAUUGCCUGUGAAAAGAGACCAAGUGCUGAGUCCCAAGCUUUAGUGCCAUCCAGACACCCAGUUUCAUUUGAAGAUUGAUACUUCUUUAUAUUCUUCUGUCCUCUAACCUUUGCCCUAAAUUAGGAUCUACACCCAGUCGUCACUUAUCGACUAUCGCAUCAUCUGACAUUUUGCAUUUAUGACAAUAGUAACAAAUCUACUAUCCAACUAUUUUGCACAUUAACAACGUACA